AUGACCCGUCCUACGUCUGUCCCGGGCUUCGCGCAAUUCUUCCCUACUGCCCCCAAGGUCAGGGCAGAAGCCGAAGGUCGGGCAGACCGGGAGCGGUCGAAGCCAAAGACUAACGGUGUUGAUACAUUACGAGAGGACAGGCCAGGUUCUUCCACUCUGGACUCUCAACCCAUCAGCCCAGGGCCUCAUUCAUCUGGCCCUGGCAAUAUAUCCUCGGAUGCCCCUCACGGACAGUGUCAGGCUCGCAUCGAUGAGAACGAAUCUCUGCCCGGAGACAUUCCCAGCACAGUCGACUCUACGAGCUCUCAUACCAGCUUAGCAUCUACCGUGUUUAGCGCGCGACAUACCGCGACAGCUGCCUCAUCCCGCCUCCCAACUGCCAGUGCUACCCCACUGGCAUCGGAAGGGUCGUCCCCGUUGUCACUCACCAUUGCACCCUCAAAACAAGAAAUGCCUUCGUCGGGCUCAUCGAGCGAUCACGUCGGAAGACCAACAUCUCAAACUCCCCGUGCCAUCGGUCACAAUGGCGCCGUAUCUGACUAUACCCCCAUAACCGAGCGCAUCCCUGCGCGAGACCCUAUGCCAUCUAUCAAGGGCAUCAAAUGCACAUAUGAUCCCACACUCGAUCGACUACGUAAUAAGGGUACCAACAAGGGCUCAAAGCCAAUAUACAAGGAGUUCGGUUUGGACGAUGACGCUCCCCCUUCGGAUCCUCGCCUGGCAAAGGCGGGCGGUCUAUUGGGAUAUAUCAAUACCGAUUAUUACUUGCCUAAAGCUCGGUUGCGGCCCGCCCCUCAAAACCUACGCCCGUACCCGUAUGAUCCCAAAACAUCCAUUGGCCCUGGACCACCGACCCAGAUUGUUGUGACCAAAUAUAAUCCUCUCGUCCCAUUCAAUAAGGUGACGACCAUCUUCGCCACUUUUGGUGAAAUUGCCGAGAGCAGCAACAAGAUGCACCCUGAAACUGGUAGCUACUUGGGUUUUGCUACGAUCCGCUACCGAGAUUCUCGCUCUGGUCGUCCUAUGGUGUCUGCAAUCGAUGCAGCUCGGCGCGCAGUCCGAGCUCGCGGUAUAAAAGUUGAUGCCGAUAUCGUACGAGUAGAAUAUGAUCCAGAGGGCCGGAAGAGCAAGAGAAUGUUGGAAGAACAUUUGAAACGAGAUCGAGAGAAACAAGCCAAAGAGCGACUUGCAAAGGCUCCGCAGCCAAAGGUUCCUCCCACAGGACCCAAAUCGACGCUUAUACCUGGGAUAGCGAAAGCUCCAUUAACGGCUCCCAAGGGCCCUGCGGCAUCGAGGCCCAGCUCAGUCCCUGCUCUAACGCUCGCACCGAAUCCCUUAAUUGUCCCCUCCCAGCCACGGGGUCAGCUAGUAUUGGAGACGGUGAAUCUUGCAUCAGCACUGGCAAACGACCCCUAUAUCUUCGUUACGAGCGAAAAAGUACCUCUGCUGCCUAGCAUCAUACCUCAUAUGAAGAAGCGAUUGAAAAACUAUGCACUCGAGGAAAUUCGCAUUGACAAGACGGGAUUCUUCGUUGUGUUUCAAAAUUCUUACCAUGGCCGUUCAGAAGCUGAAAGAUGUUAUCGAGCUGUUAAUCACACCGAGUUCUUCAACUAUGACAUGGCCAUGCAGCUCUGCUUACCCCGAGCGAGUCGUCAUGACCGGCACGCGAGCCGCAGUCCAAUAAGACGAGAGCGGACACCUCCUCCUAGGGCCUCAGCAGGGGAGGCUGAACGUCGAAAACGCGAGGAGGAAGCUGAUCUGGAGGAGGAGAAGAAACAGAGAGCAAAGAAUUUUGAUCCCGUGAACGAAGCGGUAGCCGUGGUUCGAGCAGAGAUGAUGGAACAUUUAAUCAGGCACAUUCGUACUCAGCUUGCCGCGCCGGCGCUUGAGGCCUUUCUGGAUCCUGCUAAUCAUGCUGCUAAACGGCGCAAGCUAAAUCUUGAUACCGCAGAGGACGAUGAAGAGAGUGUGGUUCCUGAUGACGGGACCGAGAGCUCAAGGUUCGGCACUCCAACGUCAGGAGCUGACCCCAUCGAAAGAAGAACUGGCCGCUUGGAGCCGAAGGCUCUUCCCCGCAUUCGCAAAUCCAAAGCCAGGGCACAAGCCCAUAGGAGUGUGUUCGUAGAUCCAUUUGCGCGAAAACGCACCGCCGUUCCUCGCAAUGCCUUCAGAUCUCUUCAUCAUCGGCUCAAGAGUCUGGAUAGUGAUAUUGAAUCUGAGGAUGAGACUGAUCUGCGCGCGCUGGUUCGGGAUAGUGAAGAUGUAGAUUCACGACCCCGAAGUCGGAUGAGUACCGACGACGAAGCAUCAAAGGAUGACUUUGGUUGGGGUCCAGGUGAGGACGACUCCAUGACGGAAUUCAGUCUUCCUGUCGGCGAUACAGCUCUAUCUAAGAAGAGGAAGCUCGAGGUUUCAAUCGAGACAGCCUUCAAACGCCAAAAGAAAUCAAACGAAGAACUCUUUGGCGUUAGAAUCAGUCGCAUCGAAAGCGAGUUCAGAGGCCGUGAAGGGACUGAGGACAUCACUCCAGAUGUUGAUAUUACCGAAGCGGAAGAUCAACGGAGUACAAUGUCGCGCUCGCAGACCCCACUUCCUGCCUCUGUCAAGGGGGCGAAGAAAAAGCUUGUAAAGACGAAGAAGAAGUCUAAGAAGCAGCUCUUUGAAGAGAGGGAAGCACUGAAGCAGCAGGAAGCGGCAGCAACCGAGGCGACUGAGGAUGAGGAGCCAAAGGAGGAGCUUCCCGAGACCUUACCUGAAUCCAAGGAAGAAAAGGUGGAACCUCCUGCUACAGAUCUCAGCGCAAAGUUCGAUGAAAAACUAUUCUCAACAGAACCCCUUGUUCCAGCUCUCGACCUUCCAGACGGGUUCAAGCCCGAUUUUGCUGCUCUGCAACAGCUCUCUCUAGGUCCUAAGGAUUCACCUGACAUCAGUAAACUGCGGAAGAAAUUUCCGGCUGCAGAUAUCGGCAAUCCAGAGCUGUGGCUGUGGAAGCGUAACCGUGUUCGCCAACUUAAUUCGACUGAGGGCAGUGUCAACACACCGGUCUCGAUUGGCGGCUACUACGUGCCAAACCCAACGGGAAGUGCAAGGACUGAGGGCGUGAAGAAGAUUCUCAACUCGGAGAAGUCUAAAUAUCUACCGCAUCAUAUCAAGGUACAGAAGGCCAGGGAAGAGCGGGAGAAGCGAGGGAAGGAGACCGCCGUCGACGCCGCCAAAUUGGCUGCGGAGAAACUGUUGACGAAGGGCAACUCCAGGGCCAAUCGUGCAACCAAUCGACGUUAUGUUGCUGAUCUUAACGAUCAAAAGAAGACCUUGGGCCAGGACUCGGACGUAUUCAAGUUCAACCAGCUUAAGAAGCGCAAGAAGCCCGUCAAGUUCGCCCGCUCGGCCAUCCACAACUGGGGUCUUUACGCCAUGGAGAACAUAGCCAAGGAUGACAUGAUUAUUGAAUAUGUUGGCGAAGUUGUCCGCCAGCAGGUUGCCGAGAUUCGUGAGAAACGCUAUCUCAAGAGCGGCAUCGGCAGCAGUUAUCUCUUCCGGAUUGAUGAAGGCACUGUUGUAGAUGCAACCAAGAAGGGAGGCAUAGCACGCUUCAUCAAUCACAGUUGCUCUCCAAACUGCACAGCCAAGAUUAUCAAAGUCGAAGGCAGCAAGCGCAUCGUGAUUUAUGCGCUGCGUGACAUAGCUAUGAAUGAGGAGCUGACCUACGACUACAAAUUCGAGCGAGAGAUUGGAAGUUUAGAUCGCAUUCCCUGCCUCUGCGGGACGCCGGCGUGUAAAGGAUUCCUCAACUAA